UUUGUAGAGGAAAUCAUAGCCUCAGAAAACAAAAAGUUAACCACAGUAAUCACCAUAACCCGCCACCUCAAAAGCGGUGCUUUCGCCAUUGCUGACGUGUGCUUCUUCAACACCACCACUUGCAACUUGCAACCAUAAUAAGCAUCACGCUACAAAAACAAAAAAAACAAAAAAACACUUCCUAAUGUCAUCAUGCAUACAUGGGUUCCUGUCUUCGAUUUGGCAUACUCCCAUGAUAAUAAUAUUACCCAAACCUUAACUUUAACCUUAACCAACCAUCGUUUCCUUUGACCUGCCAACUGUACAGUGCUUUGUGGCUCCUAUGAUGGGAGUCUCGGGCGCCGAUGACGACGUCGUUCAAAUCCAGCAUCCGAACAAGCCCGGCGACCCUUUCAUCGUCACCGUCAAUUGCCCCGACAAGACCGGCCUCGCCUGCGAUAUCUGCAGAGUCAUUCUCGAUUUCGGUCUCUGCAUUUUCAAAGGAGAUGUUUCAACCGAUGGUGUUUGGUGUUACGUUGUGUUGUGGGUCAUUCCACACUCCCUGUUGCUUCCCGUUAAUUCCUCUUAUCUGAUCCUCAAAGAACGACUUCAGGGAAUUUGUCCUCCUUGUUUAGCCUCCUUUUAUCUCGUCCAGCAGCCUUCCAGAUCUUCUCCUGUUUAUCUGUUGAAGUUCUGUUGCCUUGAUCGAAAGGGGUUGUUACACGAGGUAACAAAAGUGCUCUCGGAGCUUGAACUUACCAUUCAAAAGGUGAAAGUGACCACAACACCGGAUGGUAGAGUGUUGGACCUAUUUUUCGUGACAGAUAACAGGGAACUUUUACACACGAGAAAGCGACAAGAUGAGACAUGUGAAAGACUGAAUGAUGUUCUGCGAGACUCGUGUAUCAGCUGUGAACUUCAAUUGGCGGGUUCAGAGUAUGAGUAUAAUCAGGGUAUCUCUUCUCUAUCUCCUGCUUUAGCUGAGGAGUUAUUUCAAUGUGAGUUAUCAGAAAAUGAAGUUCGUUCUCAAGCUCUUAGUCCUGAUAUGGCAAAGUUGAAGAAAACCAUCGUAACACUAGACAAUGCCUUAAGCCCAGCUCACACGCUUGUUCAAAUACGAUGUGCUGAUCACAAGGGUCUUCUUUAUGACAUUAUGAGAACAUUCAAGGACAUGAAUAUAAAGAUUUCAUAUGGCCGAUUUUCACCCAAUUCAAUGGGAUAUCGUGAGUUAGAUAUAUUUAUUCAGCAGAAAGAAGGAAAAAAGAUUUUGGAUCUGGAGAAGCAAAGUGCACUGUGCUGUCGUUUGAAACUGGAAAUGCUUCAUCCAUUGCGAGUAAUCAUUGCCAACCGAGGACCAGAUACCGAACUAUUGGUCGCUAAUCCAGUUGAGCUAUCUGGAAAAGGAAGACCUCGAGUUUUUUAUGAUGUCACAUUGGCUCUCAAAACACUUGGAAUUUGUGUUUUCUCGGCUGAAGUAGGAAGGCAUUCAACUUCAGAGCGUGAAUGGGAGGUGUACAGAUUUCUCUUGGAUGAGAACUGUGAGCUACAAUUAACAGGUGUUGCUGCUAGAAAUAAGAUUGUAAAUAAGGUUAGAAGAACCUUAAUGGGUUGGUAAAUAUUAUUUUUUUUUUCAUCACAAUAUGUAUAAAAAUUGUGGGUGUUGCAAUAUGAGCCAUGUACCAUCGAGUGUCUUAUAAUUCUUACUUAUAUUGUUAUUGGGUUUUCGCUCUGUAGUUCCACUAUGUUUGGUCUUGCUGGUUUUAUGGGUUUAGAAGAAAUACGAUGCACAAAAAGUUUCAGAUUGUA